AUGGACGCUCCAAUGGCGAUGACCCAGAGCCCUACUGAUGCGCAGGGCGCCGGUGGUGAUUAUAUCGAAGGGAAGACCUCUACAGCUGUCAGCCUUCCAGAUGCGUGGCGGGAGCGGUUCAGGGACCUGAUCACGACCCAUCUGCGCAUGGACGGCGCAAUGCAGCAGCAGGCGAUGGAGCUCUUCUCCGCCUGCUACGCGCUCCUCGCGCCCUCUCUUGCCUCCUUCGGCGCUCCCGAGUCCCCGGACGACAGUGAGCGCGCCUGGAGCGCGUGUGUGCUGUUCGUGGUGCGCAAGCUAGGCCCCGCGAAAGCAGCAGAGGAGGCGGCCGCCAGAGCAGGACAAAUCGCGCUACCCGGGUCCUCUCGGUCGCAGUGGCCCUGGUUCACUCUGUCGGAGCUGCUGCGCGCCACCAAGCUGACAGUGGUGGAUUUCUUCAAGGAGAUCGCCAACUUCCUGCCACGUGUCAGCCCUGUGAUGCAGGCGGCGUAUGGGGACCUGUGGGAGCAGAGGCUCGAGUCCUUCAGCCCUCCCUCUUCUAUCCUUGCCCCUCCUCUCAUUCCUCCUCCCUCUCAUUCCUCCUCCCUCUCAUUCCUCCUCCCUCUCAUUCCUCCUCCGUCAGCGCGCCGAGCAGGGCGAGGGCGCCUGGUGGACGUGGUGGGGUUGCUGUGUGCGAGCUACAAGGCAGCAGAAUGCAAGGUGUCAGCCCUGCUCGACUGCAGCCAGCAUCUCAUGUCCCGCUGCCUCCCCUCUUCCACCCGCCUCUCCCCUCUCCCCACAGCGCGCCGAGCAGGCAGAGAGAGGCUAGUGGACGUGGUGGGAUCGCUGUGUGCGAUCUACAAGGCAGCAGAAGGCGAGCGUUGCUUGUCUGUCUCCCUCAGUCACUGGUGCCUGAGCUCCCCCUGCUCCCCCCUCUUCCCCCCCACAGCGCGCCGGGCAGGGAGAGAGAGGCUAGUGGACGUGGUGGGGUCGCUGUGUGCGAGCUACAAGGCAGCAGAGGGCGAGGUCUCAGCCCUGCUCGACCGCACCCAGCAGCUCAUGGCCCGCUGCCUCGCCCGCCAGGCAGCCCUGGGAGCCUGCGAGCAGCACGACGCAGCCGACCUCUGCCCCGACAGGCUGUUUCUGUUUGAGGGGUUGCUGCAGGACGCGGCUGCGCUGCCGAGUGUGGAUCUGGUGGAGGGGGCGUACCAGGAGGCGUAUGUGGAGGCGGGCGACAGGGCGCUGGACGAGAGGAUGUUUCUGUCAGGCGAUGGGCAGGUCAUUGGGGCCGUAUCCCAGCUCACUGCUGCCACUUCUGUUGCUGCCGCCAAGCGCUCCAUGCCUCCCCCGUCCCCCCUCAAGAGCGCCCCCACAGGCGCAAUGAACGCCCUCUCCUCCCCCUUCGCCAGCGCCAUGGGCGCAGGGGGAGGCGCAGGGGGAGAGGGGCGCGGAGGGGGAAGCACCACCAUCACCAUCGCCCCCUUCUGCUCCCCCGCCCGCUCCUUCCUCACCCGCCUGGGUCCUGGGGGAAUGGGGGGAACAGGGGGAACCGGGGGAGGGGGAGGGGGAGGCGGAGGGGGCAUGGGGGUUCCCCAGACCCCUAUCUCUGCUGCCAUGUCGACAGCCCAUUGGUUGAGAACCGUGGUCUCCGCUUCUCCUGCCGAGCCUUCUUUGGAUCUGCUCCGGUUUCUGCACGCGUGCGACAAGGAUGUAACGGGCGCGGUGGUAACCAGAACGACCCUGGUUUCGCAUGAGAUCUUUGCUGCUGUCUCUCAGAAGAAACGAGCAGCCGCUGCUGCUGCUGCUGCAGGCACGGGGGGAGGAGGGGGAGGGAAGGGAGCGGCGGGAGAGGCGGGAGGAGAGAAGAACGGAGCCGGAGCAGGAGCAGGUGAUGCUGGGAAGCAGGCUGAAGGGGAACCCGCAGCAGCAGGGGGAGCGGGAGGGGGGAGCGAGCCGGCAGAGGCGGCGCUAUGGGCGGAGCAGAGGAGGCAGGAGACAGUAAAGCUGUACUACCGGGUGCUCCUCCGCAUGUGCACCUCUGAAUCCCUCUGCAUCAACUCACUGAACCUCACUCCACUCCUCGAUAACGACCGGUUUCACCGCGCGCUCCUCGCCUGCUCCGCCGAACUCGUUCUAGCCAGUCACAAGGCGACGGCUCACGCCUUCCCUGCUGUGCUGGCCCCGGCAGGGGUGUCGGCAUUUGAUAUGGAUAAAGUUAUGGAGGGGUUUGUGCGGUAUGAGGAGGGGCUUCCUGGGGAGCUGAAGCGGCACCUGAACGCGUGUGAUGAGCGGAUACUGGAGAGUCUAGCUUGGGAGAAAGGGUCGAGUCUGUAUGUGACGGUGGUGGCCGCGAGACGGCAUUUGCUGGCCGAGGUGAAGAGGCUGCAGCUGCUGCCGGAAGGGGAGGAGGGGUUGGUGGGAAGGCUGGUGGGGAGAGGAGCGGGAGGGAAGGGGAGUGGCGGGGAUGGGGAGAAGGGGGAUGGCACGCCGGAGAAGGGGAGUGAUGAAGCCUCUCCGCCAGCCCAGGCGUCCUUCCCCGCGUUCUCCCCCAUGAAGCCACAGAACAAGCGGGAGUUUGCGCACCUGCACUCCUCCUUCACCACUCCCUUCCAGCGGGCGUCAGCAGCAGCAGCACCGCCAGGGGAGAGUCGAUCCGAGAUGCUCUUUAACCAGUUCUGCCAAAAGGUCCUCAAGCUAGCGGUGGUGAGAGUGCGCAGCCUGUGUGAGAGGCUCAGGCUGACAGCAGCGGUGUCAGAGAUGGUGUUCCGCGUGGUGGAGCAUGCAGUGGAGGGCGAGGUGCAGCUGCUGUUCUGCCGCCACCUCGACCAAAUUAUUCUCUCUUCUGUCUACGGUGUCUGCAAGGUGUCGCAAGUGGCAGUCACGUUCAAGGACAUCAUCGCACAGUACCGCAAGUUACCGCACUGCAAACCCUCGGUCUUCAGAAACGUUUUCAUUGAUGCCAAGCCACCCCCUGCUGACUCUGCCUCCAAGGAGUCCUUCCUCCUGCACCUCGGCCACGGCGCCUCCACAGGGGGGGGAGCAGGGGGGGGAGCGGGGGGAGCAGGGGAGAGGGGCGGGGGGCACGGGGGGAGCAUGUUCAGGAGCCCCCUGGUGCACUCUUCCCCUGCCCUCGCGCACUUUCAGCAGCACCAGCAGUCGCCGUCGUCCGUGCCGGGUGCUUCCCCGCGUCGUGUGUCGUCCCGGCAUAAUGUCUACGUCUCCCCACUGCCCACCUCUAGGAUGGAGGCGCUUCUUGCCUCCCCGCACCGCCAGCUCUCCGCUCAGCUGUCCACGCAGCUGCUGGGAGGGGGCCUCUCUGGUGACCCCUUCGCCAGCCCAUCCAGGCAUAUUGAAGCCAUCAACCAGCGCAUCAGCAGAGCCAAGCGCUUCGGUCGUCUGGACUUCUCAGAAGCAAUGGAUGUGGACGCCUCUCGAGCUUCUAGCAUCACUCCCCCACCCCCCACUCCUAUUGCUACCCUCGGGCAGCAGGGUAUGCGGUGGGCAGUGGAGGCUUAA